CGUGCCCGCGCCGCGGGAGCACGCCCUGCCGCACCUGGCUCCCGCCUCCCGGGCAAGUGCGGGGGACGCGCCCUAAACUCCACUACUUGUCGCCGUCCCUCCCCUCCCCGACCUCGCCCGGUCCCCGCGCGCACGUAGAGCUCCGCUGGCCCAGUCUAAGCCGUCCUCCCGCCGCCGAGCUCAGCAUCCCAAAGUCCUGGACCGCCCGCCGCCGGGACCGCAGCAGCCGUCCGUGGGUCGGGCGAGACCAGUCUCCGGCCGGCCGCCACUUCCCGGGCUCCCGCCGCGCCGCUUGGGCCGCCGCGGGGAAGAUGAGAUAAUCAGGGGGCCACUGGCUUAAACACUGGUGGCGUCUCUUCACCACAGCCCGUCCGCUGUGCACCUCAGGAGUCUCCUCACCGGUUCUAACACCCUUGGAAACAAGAGAACCCACGUUAUUGUCUUCCUGAACGUUUCCACUGUAUAUAUUCUAGACUUCCUGGAUUUGCAUAAAGAUGUGAAGGCUGCCGCGGUCCUGAAGGUUGAUGGAGGGCCAUGCUAUUCAAACAGCAGGCGUGGCUGAGACAGAAGCUCCUGGUGCUGGGAAGCCUUGCCGUUGGGAGUCUCCUGUAUCUAGUCGCCAGAGUUGGGAGCUUGGAUAGGCUGCAGCCCAUCUGCCCUGCUGAAGGCCGCCUGGGCAGCACCCACGGGCAGGCCGAACUCCCCCUCCGAGCCCUGCAGUUCAAGCGAGGCCUGCUGCACGAGUUCCGGAAGGGCAACUCUUCCAAGGAGCAGGUUCGCCUCCAUGACCUGGUCCAGCAGCUCCCCAAGGCCAUUAUCAUCGGGGUGAGGAAAGGGGGCACGAGGGCCCUGCUGGAGAUGCUGAACCUCCACCCGGCAGUGGUCAAAGCCUCUCAAGAAAUCCACUUUUUUGACAACGAUGAGAAUUACGCCAAGGGCAUUGAGUGGUAUAGGAAAAAGAUGCCUUUUUCCUACCCUCAGCAAAUUACAAUUGAAAAGAGCCCGGCCUAUUUCAUCACAGAGGAGGUUCCAGAAAGGAUUUACAAAAUGAACGCCUCCAUCAAGCUGCUGGUCAUCGUCAGGGAGCCCACCACCAGAGCUAUCUCGGACUACACUCAGGUGCUGGAGGGGAAGGAGAGGAAGAACAAGACUUACCACAAGUUUGAGAAGCUGGCCAUAGACCCCAGUACCUGUGAAGUGAACACCAAGUACAAGGCCGUGAGAACCAGCAUUUACACCAAACAUCUGGAAAGGUGGUUGAAAUACUUCCCAAUUGAGCAGUUCCACGUUGUGGACGGAGACCGCCUCAUCACCGAGCCUCUGCCCGAACUGCAGCUCGUAGAGAAGUUCCUCAAUCUCCCUCCAAGGAUAAGUCAGUACAACUUGUAUUUCAAUGCCACCAGAGGCUUUUACUGCUUGAGAUUCAACAUUAUCUUUAAUAAGUGCCUGGCGGGCAGCAAGGGGCGCAUUCACCCAGAGGUGGACCCCUCUGUCAUUACCAAAUUGCGCAAAUUCUUUCACCCUUUCAAUCAAAAAUUUUACCAGAUCACUGGGAGGACAUUGAACUGGCCCUAAAAUAAUCUCUCAUACAACACUGUGUGUUGUGCCCAGAGACACCACAUGACGUCUCCUCUAGAUUAAAGUAUGCACUUUUCCUAGACACAGCUAUCUAACUCAGAUUUCCAUGUAAACUUGUACAUACGCAGUGUGUGACCAAAUAUAACAUCAACUACUUCUUUUUCUACUGAAAACUUACAAAAAGAAUGAAUCGCCCUCCGCAUAGUUGCAUCCUUUUAAGCUGUUUACGAAAAGAAAGAGGUGGUGGUACCAGGGGAACGUGACUCCAGCCAUUCUCAAAGAGUUAGUCUCCUUCAUUCAGAGCUAGUCACCUGCCAUUUUCACAGGUUGAAGCCAAAAGAUGAAUGUGUGGGAAUAAACUAAUGGCUGUGAGCCUUCAGGAAGUAUAGGAUUCAGUUGUGCAUUUUUUUUUUCCCAAGGGAAAGCUGGCUCUUCCAUUCAGAUGCUAAAUGGGAGCCAUGAAGCAGAAUACACUAUUUUCUUAUGAUUUUAAAGAACGUCUUAUCUCAUAAAAUUGACAUUGUUCCAAAGUUCCUGUGGUGAUUUUGCACUAUCGUUUUCUCGUGUGGGCCAUGAUGUCACUGUCACCUGUCAAUCACACAUUGGAAAGGCGAGUCCUUUACUUCCAUGUUAUAUGUCAACAAAGAGAAAUGUCAUGUACAUAGUGUAAAUUGUUGUAAAUACCAGUUUCACACUAAGUAAUUCUAUUUUGUAAACUGAAUAUGGCUAUUUAAUUUAUUGUGAAAAUUAAAUUUAUUGUGGUAUUUAAGAUGGAAUGGAUUAAAAUUAUUCUAUGUGCAACCUUUCUUUUAAAGCCA